AUGUCCACAACAGCGGAGGAUCAGAUGUUGCCAACAGUAGAAGUGUCAUCAACUGGCGGUCAGCCGAACCUGUAUCAGUGUGGAAAGUGUUCCCAAACGUACAAGCGCAUCGACCAUCUCUCUCGGCAUGUGAGAACGCAUACGCAGGAAAAACCGUAUAGAUGCCAUGUUUGUCCCAAGAAAUUUGGCCGAAUUGAUUUGCUGAGUCGGCAUUCCACCCUCCACAAUACCAAUAGGGAUGAUUCUUCCUCUUCAAGGAAGCGUCGGCGCGGUCCCAAUGACCAAAGUAUACCGGUCCGCACUUCUCAAGCAUGUGUUGCUUGUGCAGAGAAUCAUCUGAGAUGCGAUGACAAUAAGCCCUGCGGCCGAUGUCAACGACGAGAAAUCGUGUGUAGGUUGCCUGCUGGGACCAACGAUGUCUCUGAACCCUCUGGUCAUUUACGUCAGAAUACCACUCUUAUUCCCGAUACCUCUUCCAGCCAAGAUGAUCGUCCUUCACAUCCACAGGUGGGAAAAAAAGACAAUAACUGGCUAGCAGAACACUCAGGUGGAUCCGAACAGGUACCUGAAAGCUUACCAUUGGUAUCUGCCGAGCCUCCCUUAGCUCUAUCGCUGUCAGAACAGAUGCACUCACUCGGCACUGGGGGCCUUGAACAUCAUGAUGCUUUCUUGAACACCUUUCCCUCAAGUUGCCCUAGUGGUAUUAGGACACCGCAUAACCUGAUUUCAUUCGGCCUGGAAACCGACCUUGAUCUGAGUAUUGUAGACUUGAGCUUUCUUGAGUCGUACAAUUCCCGAAAUCCAUUCGAAUUUGGAGAACUUCCACCAGAGCCUUUACCACUACCCAGUGUGACGACCCCUGAGAUCAAUAUAGAAAAGACUGGCCACCCAGCAUCCUUGGGGAAGUUGUUAUGGCGAUUUGUCCCUGCACCCCAGGACCAUGGCUUAGCGGAACAUGAUAACCUGCUGUUGCCAGACCAAACCGAGUCCAACCCAACGCCCCAGAGUCUUGUCGAAGUCGAGCAUCGAACUACAGCAGAAAAACUGGACUUGUCCUCGCGAGACAAGAUACUCGGUAUCUUUCUCCGCCAGAUGAAGCAGCCUAACAUUUCCCAGGCUGUAUCAUUUCCGUCAGUAGACUUGCUAGAUAGUUUUAUUCAAUACUACCUCACUGCGCCAUUUUCGAACGUCCGGUCAUGGCUUCACCUACCAACUCUGAAUUUCAGAAAAUCCCGGUCCGAGCUGUUGCUUGGGCUGGCUGCCGCCGGUGCUGUUCUUGCACCGGAUCUUGCACUACGAAAGCUCGGUUACGCGAUGCAUGAAGUGUUACGGAUCCAACUAACUGCUGCUGUCGAGGAAGAUAAUACAGCUGCCCGGAAUCUGGAGAUGCACCAAGGUUUCUAUCUAUAUUUGGAUAUCGGGCUGUGGAGCGGAAAUAGCCGCAAGAUUGAGAUCGCCGAGAGUAUUCAGAAGAUGCUGGUAACAAUGAUGCGACGUGGAGGAUGGUUCUAUCGAUCUGCAUAUUCUUUUAUUCCCUUACAGGGUGAUGAAACAGGCCACUCCAUGGAGGAACAAUGGAGAUCCUGGGUCAGACAGGAGAGCUUUAAAAGACUAGCGAUCCAGCUUUUUCAACAUGAUGCACAGACAUCAAUGGCCAUAUUGAGCCCUCCGCUGAUAUCAUACUCUGAGAUCUCUGUUCCACUUCCAGCAACUUCAGCUCUAUGGAAUGCAAACUCAGCAUUUGAGUGGCAUGAUUUAUACUGUGAAGAGCUUGCUUCGAUGGGCUCAAUGCAUUUGCCUACCGUUAUGGAAUGCGUCGCAAACUUGGAUGUCCUCGAUUUGAGCGGGAAAUUUAUCGACCAAAAGGUAUCAUGUGAGGCGGUUAUACAUGCUUUCUGGGGAAUCGUCAGAGAAUAUCGUCAAUUCGACAAAUUACUGAAGCAUAAAGCGCGCUACUGGGAUAAUGGGCUAGUCUUAACAUCUCGCUAUCAAGAGCUUACCAGAAUCCUCGAUUACUGUAGAAUCGCAUACGAGCCUGAGAGCGCACUUACUCUGCACGUCGUUUUGCUGAAUAUGCAUGUUUCGUUGGAAGAUGUUCAGUUCCUGAUUGCAGCUGAACCUCAAAUAUGUCAUCCAGCGCGAGCCUCUCUCUCUGAAUGGGCAAAUCAGAAAGAAUCCAGGCAGGCUCUGUGGCACGCAGGUCAAAUAAUCAAACACAUAAAGUUGCUCCCAGUGCAGGGUCUACGAGACUUUGCUGCUAUUGCACUUCACAUGGCGGGAAUGACUUUGUGGGCAUAUGGAAGCCUGAGUCAAGGACCGGAUUUUCAACUAUCACAAAAGCUCUCCGCUACGCAAAAUCUGGAAGCCCAAGAACCAAGUGCUGUCCCAUAUCCUCUUACAUCCUACCAUCGAGAUGGAACAAACCUUGAUUUCACCAUGGUUUAUCUGGACGGAGUCCAGUCAGAUGAUGUCAAUCGGUAUAUUGCCUUUGAAAGAGGAACACCUGUACUAAAGGGAUAUGAAGAAGAUGCUGAGCUGGUGUAUAUACAUCAUCCGCGAGCGGUUCUGCAUCUAAUGAUCGAAUUGAUGGAGCAGAACUAUAGGCGAAAAGCUUCACAUCAACCCCCUUUGGUGGCGAAUUUAAUACGCCUAAUUGAGAAGCAGCUUGAUGAGAUGCAGUGA